UCUAGAUCUAUCACCACACGCUGAGGGUGCGGUUUCCUGUACAUGCUAUUGACGCUGAACUUUGAUGUUCUUAACAAAAGCAAAGGCCGCACGGCGCACUGCCAGUGGGCAGGCGAGUGGUUUCAUAUUUGCAAGCGCUGGUGUCACUGGCAGUGGUACGUUGGUGCACAGACACAUGCUAAGCAUAUCUCAGAACAUCUUCUUACCUUCACCAUCACCUUCCAAUUUCAAAGGCGCGAGGAUUUGUCUGAGGAGAUCCAACAAUUAUUACACAAUGUUGGAAGUGUCGUGCCCGAGCGCCCAUUUUCAUUGCGUGCAUCUCGCACACAAAUAGUAGCAAUCUGGAUUGCAGGAUCCGUUCGACUUCCAUGGUCCUGAAGUUCAGGGUGUGCCAGGUGCAUGCAUGCAGCAAGGUUCGUGCUUCGUCAAAUAUUUAUACCCGAGUUUGCCAGCAUUGACUCUGCAUCUACCCCCCGGCCCCUGCGAUGAUUGGUGUCCCCGCCAACUUUGUACGCUUCACGGCUAUCAUCGGUACCCAGAUUGUUAUCCUGGCAUUUGGAUACGGAUUCCUUGGUGCGGUUCUAUACUUUGAAUACCUUGCUCCGCCCGACAAAGUCGAAAAAUUAUGGAGGCAUCAUCCUGAAGAGCUGACUAUGGUCGUCACAUUGAUAGCGACUGUGCUCUCACUUGCCACUGCUACUCUCUUCACGAUUUCUGUCAAGGAAGCACUAAGACAUCGAAUGGGACAGCCAAUCUCUCUAAUUCAGCUGUGCACUGGUGUCGCUUUGUCCCAGAACUCUCAUAUUAUGAAACCUGAAUACCUUGGACUGUCCGUCUUGACGCUGUUCGUCUUUGGGACUUUGAGACUCUUAACGGCAGGGUGGACAACUCUCUUGACACCGACCUACUUCCUAUGGCCAAUACAGAUGAAUGGAUCCGAACUCGACAUAUCUGGAGGCGCAUUUUCCACCUUGCUCCACGAAGAGUUCCUGAAAAAUGGUCUCACUGACAUACAGGACAAUUCUUUCGAAGUUAUCGAUAUCGGCGGAAUGUUAAGUGGAGUUGCUGCUGCAGGGUAUACCUUUGGUCUUCCUGGGACAUUCAAUUUCAAUGGGGCAAAAUAUGAUAUAUCCACUCAGGGCACUGUGCCUACAAUUGAAGAGUAUUCCGGCUCGAAUGGAGUUCCGGGCCCCAACGGUACUCGUCUCGGUUUUUGCGGUGGAAAUGUCACGGUUAACACGGCAACCGUACUGGGAAAACACUCCCACGUGUCUCCUCCUCAAGGCCUCAGCACGAACUAUUCCAUGUGGCAGCAGGGGCUGACAGCCGAUAUCAACUGCCAGGCCAUCAACUCGAGUCAAUCGCAGUACGUUUGGGACACAAGUAAUUCCAGCGUUAUCUAUAACUCGACUACUUCGGACACUUCCAUUACUGGUCUUCGCCUGUGGAAUAUCAGUGCAAAUUGUGGUACCAAUACGCUGGUGACGCAGCAAUAUGUGACCAUGGUGGAUGCAGGUGGAAAUGGGAGUGCCUCAGGAAGCGGUUUUCUUCCGUCUGUCGUGUGCCCAGGACCCAAGAAUAUGAACCAAACCUAUACGAGCUUCUUGAUAUUUACUCAAGGGUUCGACAGGUAUAACUUUCUUAACGCAAGCGUGUGCGAAGUGAUUCCAAAAUUGACAACGGUCCAAGUCGAUUAUUCCAAUAAUCUGAUUUCUUCAGUUGCCACAUCGUCCGCCCCUUUCCAGUCGGAAAAUGUCCAACUACUGUCAUUCAUCGCUGGAGUUGCCAAGUAUCAGUCGCUCAACUCACAGGGGCUUGUGAGCAGCACAAUCGGGGACACCUUGUACUCUAUCUAUUCCUCGACAACUGUCGGAUCCAUCGAUGACAAUCUCGAUCAAGCAAAGGUUUAUGCCGAGCUUGGGGAAUACUGGCGUGGUGUUGUUGAAUUCUCUGCGACGUUCCUACGCUCUGGGUUUAUGGCCGUGGGUAGUUUCCCCGAUGGUAUUCCGAGCAACCUCUCUUCCCAAGUCAAUGGGACGAAGCUAAUAUCAACGAUCGGUUGGACUAUACAGUCGCCGACAUAUCUUCUCGCCAUCCUCCCGCUCACCAUUAUCACUAUCCUCACUUUGACCUGUGUUUUGUACAGUAUUGUGCAGGCUUCGACGUAUGGUCACCACAGGUCCGCCUUCGACGUGUCAAAUACCCUUCAUCUCAUUAUGGCGUCUGCUGCUGGAAAUCCGAGUCUCAAACUCACAGGUUUCAGUGAGCGAGGGAUAGUCGCAAAUGAGGGUGUGGAAGUUCGCUUAUAUGAGUCCGAUCGCGACAAUGGUGUGACAAAGAAGUUUGUGACACCUACGGAAUUCGAGGAGUUGAAGGCAGCAUCGGCAAAGAAGAUGCUCGUAUGAUUGUUCUGUUCUCAGUUUAGUAUGCAUACCUAUUCUUUCUCUUGUUUGAUAUAUAUAGUGCACGAAGCCAAGCUUCAGGGCGGUAUGCAGAUGUAAUCGUACUGUGGAU